AUGCCCAUGCAGCUUCCAGACGUGGGCCUUGAAACAACAGUGGCAGAGGAAGAGGGCCAGCCCAAGAGGAUGAACAACAGCAACCCAAAAGGCCCAACACGAGCUAGAAGGCCUCCCGCGUGGUUGGUCGUAUCAAUUGGUGCUUUCAUUGCUCAUUUCAUGGCAGACUCUGACGUUCUCGCAGCGGUGAAGGCAUUGCAAAACCAGUUUGAGGGCCAGACCGUGUCCCUCCACAAGACAUUGCAACAGUACAUGGCUAUGGUGGAUGCUCGCCUCGAAGAUCUGCAAUCGCAAAUCCAAGGAUCUCCGGUGGAUGAGGGCGGGUUCUCGGCUCCGACCCAUCCCGUGCCUCCUCUUGCAGGAACACCGAUUGAAGGUAAUGAGCUUUCCCCUGUAUUACGUUCCAUGAAAAUAGAGGUUCCCCAGUUCGAUGGCUCCGACCCGACGGGUUGGGUGUUUCAGACGGAGGAGUUUUUUUAUUUCCAUGGCACUCCGGAUCAUCUCCGGCUUCGAAUCGUAUCCUUUCAUAUGGAAGGCCGCGCCGCUGCAUGGUACCAAUGGAUGAAGGCUAAUCACUGGCUGACGACUUGGAAGGAGUUUCUGGUCCAUCUAGCUGACGACUUGGAAGGAGUUUCUGGUCCAUCUGAAACAACGUUUCGGCACAUCGUUGUACGAAGACCAUCCAGUUUUUUUAUUACGGGCUUAAAACCGGACAUUCGCCGUGAACUAUUAGUUUCUCGUCCAUUGUCUUUAAUUGAAGCGUUCGCCUUAGCGCGGGCUUAUGAGGCUCGGUCCGACGAGGCUAGGCAGGGUGCUCGGUCAUGGCCCAAAUGGAACCCAAACCAGUUUUCCUCCCACAAAACUCCUAACCAGUCACAUCUAAUUGCCCCUGUUCCAUCAUCCCAUCCCCAACCUCAACACAUUCCCCCUCCUGCCAACCAGAUCCCACAAAAACAGACCACAUUACCACCUUUACUACCGAUCCCCCCUCUGCCCAUCCGUCGUCUCACACCGGCCGAAUUGCGCGAAAAACGUGAAAAAGGCCUGUGUUAUAAUUGUGACCAGAAAUACAGCAUGAAUCACCGCUGUCGUAGCAAGUUUUUUCUUCUCUUAGGUACGGAUGACGGGGAGAUAGAAGGCCCUGAAGACUUACCCCCUGAGGAAGAGUGUGAGGAAGUAGUGACCGGGGACAUUUCGAGUUUGAAUGCGUUGGCUGGCCAGGGUAAUCCUAGGUCUCUUCGGCUGCGUGGCGAGAUUGGCCCCCACUAUUUUCAGGUUUUAAUUGAUAGCGGGAGUACCCAUAACUUCAUCAAACCUGCCUUGGCCGAACGGUUAGGACUACCUAUCCAGCCCACGCCGACUUUCCGCGUUUACAUUGGCAAUGGUGAUUUUCUCCUUUGCCAAUUCACAUGUCACCAGGUGUCUUUGUCUAUGCAGGGGACUGUUUUUCUUGUGGACCUUCACGUUUUGCAGAUAGAAGGACCGGAUGUCGUUCUCGGCAUCCAGUGGCUUCAAAAGCUGGGCCGCGUGGCCCAUGAUUAUGCCGCCCUGUCCAUGGAAUUUUGUUGGGAGGGGAAACAAGUGACCUUAUGUGGGGAUAUCACCGGUUUACCUAGCUUGAUCUCGCUGCACCAGUUUCAGGCCCUGGUCCAUGGCGAUGAGGUUCACAGCCUGUUUGAGUUGCAACCCCUAGCGGCUGAGACCAUUCCCGGGGAGUCACCAGUUAAGGACCCUGCGGUUUUGGAGUUUCCUAAGUCGCUGCCCAUGCCCAUUUCAUCGCUACUCCACCGUUAUAGUGCUUUAUUUGCGCAGCCCACUGGUUUACCCCCCCACCGGACCAUUGAUCGCAGGAUUCAUUUGCUGCCUAACUUUAAACCAGUCAAUGUGCGCCCUUACCGUUAUCCACAUUUCCAGAAAACGGAAAUGGAGAAAUUGAUCCGUGAGAUGUUGGAGCAGGGCAUCAUCAAGCCCGGUCAGAGCCCAUUUUCCUCUUCGGUUUUAUUGGUUAAAAAGAAUGAUGGCUCUUAUCGUUUUUGUGUUGAUUACCGGGCCUUGAACGCGGUCACUAUUAAAGAUAAGUUUCCCAUACCCACCAUCGAUAAGUUAUUAGAUGAACUAGGUGGUGCCACAGUGUUUAGCAAACUGGACUUGAGGGCGGGAUACCAUCAGAUUUAG